UAAUACCAGGUUCUAGGUCAUAAGCGAUUGGCCUGUAACGAGCAGCCGGAUCAGGAGGUAGGACGGUCCUGUGUCGCAGAGCCCCGUGUUGGCCUGCACUGCUGCCUCCUGCUUUGGGAACCUUUUGUAAAUGGAUCCCAGUGGUGGGCACGUGGCUGCCUUCCUUCAGCGUCUGCAGAGCUCUGCCUCCCAGCUGUGGGCUGUGACUAGUACGGGGUGGGGUUUAGGCUCCCUUGGGGGUAAAUCCCAUCUCACGACCCAGUUCACCCUUGAGGAGACAGGACGGUGUUGUCGUGAACACAGGUGCUCCUUCUUCUGGUACAGUCUGGAGUGGGUGGGGCCGCAGUCCCCAGGAAGGACCCAGAAGCUCGAGUAACCUCAAGGCACUGUCCCCCGGCCUGGGUAGUGUCCCCCUCGUGAGUAGUGGCCUGGUGACCGGAACCCUGAUGAGUCUGGCAGGGGGCACCUGUGCCAGGGCUGUGCCCCUUUACCUCAGGGCGCCUGCUCCGUGUAUGUCUGCGUUCCCUGCAUGCCCUGGAGACAGGCCCCUGUGGGCAGAGGCGGCUUCUCGGGGCUGUGGCCACUUUAGUCUCUUCAUGGUGUCUUGAUGGACGCUAGUUCCUGACAUGGGUGCAGCCUAACUCACCGGCCGCAUGAACAAGAGUCCGUUUUCUUCUGGAAGCAUUGUUGUCUUACCUUCGUGUUAAUAUCUGCCAUGCGAAUCCACCGAUUUCAGAACAGUCGGUGCUGGUAGCCCACUGUGCGCCAACCACCCGGAACUGGGUCUGCUGGCACAGGUGGACCCUCUGUGGGCAUUUGCCAGGUCUUGUUCCUUGGGGGUCCGCCAUCCUCUCACCAGGACUGCCCCCCUCUACUUCUGCCUGUGAUCACCUGGAGGCAGGGUCUCAUAGCGGCUGGAGGGGCCUCUCCAGAGGUGCCCAGCUUUCCUCCAGGACAGGUGCCACUUCCCAGACUAGUGUCCCCUGCGCUGGCCGUGAGCCAGGUGAGCCUCCUGCGGUCCAUAGCACAUGCACUUACCGCACUUCCUUCAGCCUCAGGACAUUUGCACAUGCUGUCCUCCCCCUCCCUGCCUAGCUCUCCCAGACUUGUCCCCACCUGCCUCCGUGGCAGCCCUCACAGAGCCGGUGAGAGCCUGUGUAGCCUUCUUGAUGUGGCCUGAGGGUCCCGUCUGCCUGCAGGUCCCGGAGCGGCCCCACCCACCAUGGACCCAGACCCCCAGGCGGGCGUGCAGGUGGGCAUGCGUGUGGUGCGCGGCGUGGACUGGAAAUGGGGCCAGCAGGAUGGCGGUGAGGGCGGCGUGGGCACGGUGGUGGAGCUUGGCCGCCAUGGUAGCCCCUCAACCCCUGACCGCACGGUAGUCGUGCAGUGGGACCACGGCACCCGCACCAACUACCGCGCAGGCUACCAGGGCGCGCACGACCUGCUGCUCUACGACAACGCGCAGAUCGGCGUUCGCCACCCCAACAUCAUCUGCGACUGCUGCAAGAAGCACGGGCUGCGGGGCAUGCGCUGGAAGUGCCGCGUCUGCUUCGACUACGACCUGUGCACGCAGUGCUACAUGCACAACAGGCACGACCUGGCCCACGCCUUCGAGCGCUACGAGACGGCCCACUCCCGCCCGGUCACCCUGAGUCCCCGCCAGGGCCUCCCAAGGAUCCCGUUGAGGGGCAUCUUCCAAGGCGCGAAGGUGGUGCGGGGCCCGGACUGGGAGUGGGGCUCACAGGACGGAGGGGAAGGGAAGCCAGGCCGAGUGGUGGACAUCCGUGGCUGGGACGUGGAGACGGGCCGGAGCGUGGCCAGUGUGACGUGGGCCGAUGGCACCACCAAUGUGUACCGUGUGGGCCACAAGGGCAAGGUGGACCUCAAGUGUGUGGGCGAGGCAGCUGGUGGCUUCUACUACAAGGAGCAUCUCCCAAGGCUCGGCAAGCCGGCGGAGCUGCAGCGCAGGGUGAGUGCCGAUGGCCAGCCUUUCCAGCACGGGGACAAGGUUAAGUGUCUGCUGGACACAGACAUCCUGAGGGAGAUGCAGGAAGGCCACGGCGGGUGGAACCCCCGGAUGGCGGAGUUUAUCGGACAGACGGGCACCGUGCACCGCAUCACGGACCGUGGGGAUGUGCGCGUGCAGUUCGGCCGCGAGACGCGCUGGACCUUCCACCCUGGGGCUCUCACCAAGAACGCCUUCUGGGUGGGCGAUGUGGUGCGGGUCAUCGAUGACCUUGACACCGUGAAGCGGCUGCAGGCUGGGCAUGGCGAGUGGACAGAUGACAUGGCUCCUGCCCUGGGCCGCGUCGGGAAGGUGGUGAAGGUUUUCAGAGACGGGAACCUGCGCGUGGUGGUCGGCGGUCAGCCGUGGACCUUCAGCCCCUCCUGCCUGGUGGCCUACCGGCCCGAGGAGGACGCCAACCUGGACGUGGCUGAGCGUGCCAGGGAGAACAAAAGCUCCCUGAGUGUCGCCCUGGACAAGCUGCGAGCCCAGAAGAGUGAUCUUGAGCACCCGGGGAGACUGGUGGUGGAGGUGGCCCUGGGCAGUACGGCCGGGGCCCUGGACCUGCUGAGGCGGCACCCCGAGCAGGUGGACACCAAGAACCAGGGAAGGACAGCCCUGCAGGUGGCCGCCUACCUGGGCCAGGUGGAACUGGUACGGCUGCUGCUGCAGGCCCGGGCGGCCGCGGACCUGCCAGAUGACGAGGGCAACACGGCGCUGCACUACGCCGCCCUGGGGAACCAGCCCGAGGCUGCCCACUUGCUCCUGAGCUCCGGCUGCGGGGCCAAUGCCCUGAACGGCGCCCGGAGCGCAGCCCUACAUGUGGCCGUGCAGAGGGGCUUCCUGGAGGUCGUGAGGGUCCUCUGUGAGCGCGGCUGUGACGUCAACCUGCCCGACGCGCAUGCCAACACGCCUCUGCACUGUGCCAUCUCAGUGGGCGCUGGCGCCAGCGGCAUCGUGGAGGUCCUCACUGAGGUGCCGGGCAUCGACGUCACCGCCACUAACAGCCAGGGCUUCACCCUGCUGCACCAUGCGUCCCUCAAGGGCCACACGCUAGCUGUCAGGAGGAUUCUUGCUCGCGCACGCCAGCUGGUGGAUGCCAAGAAGGAGGACGGCUUCACGGCCUUGCACUUGGCCGCCCUUAACAACCACCAGGAGGUGGCCCAGGUUCUCAUCCGCGAGGGCCGCUGUGACGUGAACGUCCGCAACCGGAAGCUCCAGUCCCCGCUGCACCUGGCCGUGCAGCAGGCCCACGUGGGGCUGGUACCGCUGCUGGUGGACGCGGGCUGCAGCGUCAAUGCUGAGGAUGAGGAGGGGGACACGGCCCUGCACGUGGCGCUGCAGCGCCAUCAGCUGCUGCCUCUGGUGGCUGACGGGGCCGGGGGGGACCCAGGGCCCUUACAGCUGCUGUCCAGGCUACAGGCUUCGGGCCUCCCGGGCAGCGGGGAGCUGACGGCGGGCACGGCGAUCGCCUGCUUCCUGGCGCUGGAGGGCGCCGACCUGAGCUAUGCCAACCACCGCGGCCGGAGCCCGCUGGACCUGGCCGCCGAGGGCCGCGUGCGCAAGGCCCUGCAGGGCUGCGCGCAGCGCUUCCGGGAGCGGCAUGCGGGCGGCAGCGGGGGCGCGGCCGCGGGCCCGAGGCUGGUGCUGGGGUCCCCCAACACCGUGACGAACCUGCACGUGGCCGCGCCGUCGGGGCCCGAGGCCGCGGAGUGCCUGGUGUGCUCGGAGCUGGCGCUGCUGGUGCUGUUCUCGCCGUGCCAGCACCGCACGGUGUGCGAGGAGUGCGCGCGCAGGAUGAAGAAGUGCAUCAGGUGCCAGGUGGCCAUCGGCAAGAAGCUGCGCCCAGACGGCACGGAGGUGGCCAGCGCGACCCCGGCGCCCGGCCCGCCGCGGCAGCUGGUGGAGGAGCUGCAGAGCCGCUACCGGCAGAUGGAGGAGCGCAUCACCUGCCCCAUCUGCAUCGACAGCCACAUCCGCCUCGUGUUCCAGUGCGGCCACGGCGCGUGCGCACCCUGCGGCGCCGCGCUCAGCGCCUGCCCCAUCUGCCGCCAGCCCAUCCGCGACCGCAUCCAGAUCUUCGUGUAGCCCCCCCGCCCCGCGCCCCGGCCGCGCCCGCCGCCU